AUGCACAUUUUUGUUGAAUUUGCUUUUCAAAUUUUGGUUGAUCAAUUAAAAGGACGUUCAGUAAAUGUUGAAACAGAAAAUGAAAAUUGUUUGUUUUUUUAUUUUAAAUUAAUUUUAGAUUUAUUUUUUCUUAUAGUGAUUGAAGAAGAAAAUUCUCCAGUUUUAAAUGAUAACCCAACUCAGGCUAAAGAAUUCAUUCCAUUAUUGGAACAGUUUGUCCCGAUUCUUUUGGAAGCUCUCAAAAAGAAAUAUGACAAGAUCACUGCGCUUUCCCUUCGUUUAAUAUUUUAUUUAUUUAAAUGGCCUUUGGAAUCUUUAAAUUCACGUCUCUCAGAGCUUUUUGAUCUACUUUUUGUUGUUCUUAAUGAUUAUGCAUCACUUGGACAAUCUGGCAAUCGUCCAACAAUUAUAGAAUUACAUUUAAAUCUCUUCAAAUGUUUCACACAUCUUUUACGUUCUUCACCAAUUAUUUCUUCAUUAAAUACUGAUAGAUUACAACUUUUAUUAAAUUAUGUGGAAACUGAUAUUCUUGAUCAACAAAAACAAACAACUGCUUUCAAUUUAAUUAAAGCUAUAAUUAAUAUGAAAAUUGAUGAUGAAAAGAUAACAAAUAUUAUUGAAUAUUUAUCAGAAAAGGCAAUAACUUCACUUUCUACAAAUAUUCGAAGCCAAUGCAGACAGACAAUUCUUCUUUACCUAAUAAAUCAUCCUCAAGGAAUGCGUAAUUACGAGUAUUGGAUGGAAUUUUUUCUUAAUCAGACUGAAUAUGAAAUUGUUGAUGGACGUUUAUCUGCAUUAGAAGAAGCAAAUGAUCGUUAUGCAAUGUUAGUUUUCUUAAAAUUGGCUGCUCGUUUACAAAAUGAAGAUAAUGAGCAAUGUCUUCAAUUUAUUGUUAUUUGUUUGCGUAAACUUUUUACUUCAAUUACUGAAAGUUUAUUUAUUGAUUUGCAUUCAGCAGCAACAGAUUGGCUGUCAGCACGAAAGCCAUCAAUUCGUGUUCUUGCUUGGCGUUUAUUUACUCAAUUUGUUCUGUCUAAUUCGUCUCAUUUUACUAAACAUUUAUUAUUGAAAAUUGUUCGAAAAACUUUUGAAGAGUUUUGUAUUGAACCAAACAAAUUCUCGUCUCCAGAUGUGUCACUUGAUUGUAAAUUAUCUUUAUGCGAGUUCCUUAAUGCCGUUGCUGAGAAUAAUCCCGAAGAACUUUUUAAUGGAAUUUUUGAAUUUGAUGAUCAACUUGAUGAAACAAAAAAAUUUAAAAAAACAUUGAGAAAGAGAAAAUUGAAGCGAAUAGAAAAGGGUGAAGAAAGUGAAAAUUCGAACAUUCCUCAGCACAACUUUGGGAAUUUUAUUGAAAAUUUGGAGUUUUGUCUUUUAUCUGUUAAACAACGAAAUGAACAACAACAAACAUAUGAAAGCUUAAAACUUUCAAUUUGUGCAGCUACAUUUUUAAAUACAUGGAUUGGACAUUUAAAUAUUCGAGAAAAAUUGAUUAAUUUAUUAAAUAAAAGAACAAAUACAGACGAAAACAACAAAGAUGGCAGUAAGCUUUAUUCUUUUUGUAUUUGCCUUGUUUUAUUGCUGGAGAAUGGGAGGAGAAGAGGAAGAAAAGAUGAAGAAUUGAGAAAUGAAGAUGAAGAAGAGAAAUUACAAGAGGAAGAGGGCGAAGAAGAUGAAGAAAAAUUAAUAAAAAAUGAAGAGGAAAAUUUUGAAGAAGAAAAUUUGGUAGAAGAAACUUGCGAAGAGAACAAAAUUCAAUUAAAUCGGGAAAAUACAAAGGAAGAAAGAAGAGAAUUUUGGAAUGAUACUUUGGCUGAUUUGGCAAUACGCUUACUAACCCAUUUUAUGCUGGCUUUGGAUAUUUCCAAACAAUUUGAAAUUUUAUGCAGACGAUUGUCUAGGAUUUGUUGGAUUGAAGCUAUUAAGGAGACGGGGAAAACGAAAAAGCGCCUUUGUAUCUUCAAAAUGAUGGGAGUAUUAGUAUUAAAAUGUGAUUCAAAUUCCGAACGUUUUGGACAUCUUGUUAACAAUUUCUUGCCUCUGUUAUACCGUGAAAUGAGUGACUCUUUAAGAAUAUCAGAAGAAAAAAAUAAAAAUGAAGACUUGCAAAUGUUGGCAUCUGAAGUUGGAAAUUUUUUUAGAAAACAGUUGGGUGAUAGAGAAUAUUCAACACAACUUGCCAAAUGUCAACGAGAAAAAGAUGAACGAAAGCAGAAGAGAAGAGAACAAGCAAAGGCAAUGUUAAUUUUAAAUCCAUCAACAGCAAUUACAAUUAAACAAAAAAGGCAUUUACGUAAAAGAACAACAAAAAUGAGAAAAAUGGAUGAAAUUAAGCCUUAUAGAGCCUUCAAGAGGAGGAGAAGAGAGGAAGCUUUGCAAAGGAUAAGAAGUGAGGAAGUUUAA